AUGUCCAAAAGCGCCACAGAGGAGGUGAACAAGCUCACGGAGAGUACAUAUAAGAAUGUAAUGGAACAGUUCAACCCUGGGCUGAGGAACCUCGUCAACCUCGGCAAGAACUAUGAAAAAGCAGUCGCUGCCAUGAUUCUGGCAGGAAAGUUAUAUUUUGAUGCCGUGUCAAAAAUUGGAGAGAAUGCUGCAACAUCCCCAGUGUCGAGAGAGUUGGGUGUGGUCCUCAUGGAAAUCUCUGAGGUUCAUCGUAAAGUUCACCAGGAGCUGGAGGAAAAUUUUAAAAGGUUUCACCGGGAUAUCGUUGCUGAGCUAGAGACAAAAACUGACAUGGAUGUCAAAUACAUGACAGCCACAUAUAAGAGAUACCAAAUGGAGAACAAGAUGAAACACGAUUCUCUGGAAAAGUCACAGUCAGACUUGAAGAAAUUGAGAAGAAAAAGCCAAGGCAAAAACGCCAACAAGUAUGAAAACAAGGAGAGUGAGUGCCUGGAGACCUUGGCGGGGCGUCAGAUGGACAUGCAACUGUUCAUCGCACAGGGCUGCAAAGAGGCCUUACUGGAGGAGAAGAGGCGCUACUGUUUUUUAGUUGACAAACACUGCAUGUUUUCUUACCAAACGGCUGCUUUUCAUGACAAGGCCAAGGAUAUUCUCAAAGCAAAGAUCAGCACGUGGCAGGAUGAGUGCAAUGAUGCGUCUGACAUGCCAGAGAGUGUGCUCAACAUGAUCGAAGCCCUGCGCACACCGGUGUCCAUCACGCCGAUGCCCUCGCCCUCGCCAUCACGUCACAGUGUGAACAUGUCUGAUCCACCUGCUCCUACGAAAAAGGCUCAAACCAGCCCACUAGCAAAUCUGUUUGAACAAGGAAGCCAAGAGCAAGUGUCAGACUAUGGUAAUGGGGACGAUGCCGGCCUCGCCAGGUCAGUGUCGGUCGCAACAGGCCUGAACCAUGCAGUGAAACGGCCUCGAGUGCGGACCAUCUUCCCUCACAACGCUGGCAACAACAGCACUUUGAUCAGCUUUGAUGAAGGAGACGUCAUAGUUCUGCUCAUCCCUGACGAGAAGGACGGCUGGAUGUACGGGGAACUGGAGAAGAACGGAAAGAGGGGCUGGUUCCCUUCGUCCUACUGUCGUGCCCUGACGGAGCCGCUGGUGAACAACAACAGUGUCUCCGCAGCCCCGUACAGAAGCAGGAGUGUGGUCAACCUGCACCAUCAGGACACGGAGACGGACGAGGCCACUAUGGUUCUGCCCCCAGCGGACUAUUGUAACGCGUCGCAUCAAAACCCAGUGAAAAACAGCAUGUCGUCAAGUAGCAUCGUCAACGACAACCACCAGCCCUCUCCCACUCCCUCCGCCACCUCGUCCUCCUCGGAUCCCAACACGAUCCAUUUCUUUUGA